CCAGAGCCACUCUGUACCAAGUAGACUGACUUCUCAACACAGGAAAUCGUCAGUGAAUAUUGACAUCAAAUACUCGGCAGCCGAAGGUAAUCCUGGUAUCCUCCAUCAAACGUAAAAGUAAAGCCGGACAUGACACCCAUCGUCCAUGGUACUCCGACAUCGUUUCUGUUUGGCGGGGCUGUCAAAGCGCGAUCGACUGCGGUCCAGAAAGUCUGAAACACGCAGGGAUUCUUCCUUCUGGCCUGGCAUCACCACUUCCCCCCCCCCGUUUCGCCUCCGACUCGCCUGUUUUCGUGACCUCCUGGGGCGUUGGGUAGGCUUUGUUUUUUGUACCACCCAGGGUAGUCUUUGUCUGUUUGUUUUGCCAUUGUCUGUCCCCUCUGCUGUUGCUGGGGUUGUUUGGCUUUCACCCCCUUCUUCUGCGUCCAAAGAAAGAGGCCGAUCGGUCGGUCUCAGGCCCUCACGAUGCAGUCAAUGCAGCGGCAAUUCGGCCGCUUCAUGAAGCGUUCCGCCGAUGACAGCCAGGUCUCGGUUUUGCUCAAGGACUUUGACGAUGCCGACAAGCUGUUGGCCAAGAUCAUUGACUCCACCAAAGCCUGGCGCGAUGCCUGGUCGUCGCUCCUCAUGUACCAGGCCCGGAUGGCCUCUGAAUUCGAAAGCCUCUAUGCGCCCAUCCUCGGCUCCUCCGACCCCUCGGCGGGCCACAAGGCGGUCCCCACGCCGGAGGCGACGCUGGUGAGAUCGAACAGACUCAAGGAGGAAUAUGAGGACCUCCGCAAGGAGCUGCUGCAGGAGCUGAACGCGGUGGAAGAGCGCAUGAUCCGGCCAGCGGUCCAGGCCAAGGACUACCUGAGUCCGAUCAAGAAGACCAUCAAGAAACGCGACGAUCGAAAGCUCGACUUUGAGCGCUACCAGAGCCGGGUGGAUAACUACUCCAAGAAAACCAAGCGAUCGGACCGGGACAAUGCUGCUCUCAGCAAGGCAGAGAGCGAUCUCGCCAGGGCAACGGAGGAAUACAAUGGCGCCGACGAACACCUGCGACAGAAUCUGCCUCCGCUGAUCACCGCCGUCUUCUCCAUUCUGCCUCACAUACUGGCUGCCCAGGUUGAGAUUCAAAACACCAUGCUGGCCCACUACUACACCAUCCUGCACAACUACUGCGAGCAGGAACAGUUCCCGUCUCCGCCCCCGCCCAUGGACCAGGUCAUCCGGGAGUGGGAACAGGACUGCCUGCCUGUCCAACACGAGCUGGAGAGCUUCGCCUGUCUGGCCAACGGCAAGACCGUUGGCGGUGGAAGCGGUGCUGCUGCUGCUGCUGUCGACGACAAGGACACCCGCACCCGCAGCCGCAGCCACGGCCGUCCCAUCCUGGGCACCCGGCGCUCCAGCACUUCCCUGCCUGCAGCGGCGGCGGCUCGAGGGCGCAGUGUCCCGCCGCCGGCCCCCAUCUACGAAACCAAGCCUCGCCUAAGCGACCUACCUGCUGCUCCCCCUCCCCUAGCCUCAUCGUCCUCUUCUCUCGCCGUACCCAUCAGCAGCGCCCAGGUCUCCCCUUCCUCUCUCGACUCCUACGCAAGCCCCGAACCAACCGCUUCCCUCGCCUUCUCCCCCGCAGCCCCGCGGCCAGAUUACUUCAGUCGCGACCGCCAACCCUCCGCAGUCUACCUCUCCUCCCCAAACACUCUAGCCAACGCCGGCAUCAGCUCAGCAACAGCUACCAUCAUCGCCUCGAAGAAGAAACCCCCGCCGCCCCCGCCCCCCCCGCGCACCCCGUCCGCCCAGAACAUCCUCUUCGUCACCGCCCUGUACGACUUUGCCGGCCAGGGCGCCGGUGACCUCGUCUUCCGUGAGGGUGACCGCAUCCGCGUCCUCGAAAAGACUGACACCACGGAUGACUGGUGGGUCGGUGAGCUGCGUGGCGUCAAGGGUAGCUUUCCUGCAAACUACGUCAAAUGAAGAAUCACUUUCACCCUCAACUCGCAAUAUUUUAUCUUUCCCCCCUCCCCCUUCUAUUCAUUUUUCUCUUCCCUUGGUCUUCUUCAAUCUAUAACAUAAUAAUCGUCAUAACCCGGAGUAGUAUCAAGCAUUAUCUGGACGUUCAUCGAUUUGCCUUUUUUUUCUUUUCACCUGCUUC